AAUCAGCUGUUCGUCAGUAGAGUAUGUACACACAUAACAGCAACUAGUUCUAGGUCAACGAAAAUUCGCCAUUUUACUUUUCGGAAAUCUUUAAACAAAAUUUGAAGUAAUGUUGCGCCAUUUAGCAGGGGCAAAACGAUGUGUAAGCCUGGCCAGCAAUGCACUGAUAAAAAGAACACCUAGUAAGCUGUGUGUCCCUAGCAAUGUUGCGUCCGUCGUCUCUAUCCGUCAUUUUGGGCCGCCCACGCACAUCAAGCAUUCGACGGCCAAUGAGUCAGGCACAAUGGCGGAGAUCAAGGAAGAGAUGAUGAAACGCCUGGGCUUGGACCACGGCUAUCAGCCCCUGCCAAAGUCGCGCGAACAUCUCCUUAAAUAUCAGCCCAAGCUGGAGGAGCUGCCGUCACGUACAAUGCAGGACUCUUUCACAUCGGCCAUCAUACCACUCAGCACGAAUCUCUUGUUGCAAGACAGGUACGUGACAUAUCUGGGCAAUGUGCGCAUGGGCCGACUGCUGGAGGAUAUGGAUAUGUUUGCGGCUUGGAGCUGUCACAAACAUGUGGUCAUACCCAAUCUACCAGCAAAUGUGCCUUUGCCUUACACUUUUGUCACCAUUCUGGUGGAUCGCAUUGAUUUCACCGAUACGCUUGCCUCCGGCACUGCCGAUAUUCGUCUCUCCGGGCAUGUUUCGUGGGUGGGCACCAGUUCCAUGGAGGUUGUCGUGUGGCUGGAGCAGAUGCAAAACGGCAGCUAUCAGAAAUUGACGCGUGCCCUCUUUCUGAUGGCUGCACGGAAUGCAACUAAUACGGGAGCGGCGCCAGUGAAUCCCAUUAAACCCGGCAACGAGGAGGAGCAACUCAUUUUGGAUGGCGGUAUGGCACGGAAAAAGCAACGUCAAUUGCUUGGCGCCCAGUCCAUCUUCAAGGUGGAGCCCAACGAUCCGGAGCAAACCAUUAUGUAUGAACUGUUCAAGCGGACAACGCCCAACGACACCAUGGAACUGAACAAACGAAUCUUGCCGCCCAACUGCCGAUGGAUGUCGCAUUCGUAUCAGAUGAGCACCAUACCCUCGUUUCCCGAACAUCGUAAUCAUCACAACCGUGUCUUUGGCGGCUUUCUCAUGCGCUGUGCUUUAGAGAUUAGCUGGGCAGCUGCAGUACUCUACUGUCGGACACGUCCCAAGCUGGAUCGGAUUGCGGACAUUAGCUUCGAGAAGCCCGUGAGCGUCGACUCAUUCAUUAAGAUGACGGCCUAUGUGGUCUACACGGAGCUCAACUACUUGCAAAUUAUGACUGUGGCCGAGGUGCUGGACCCGCACUCGGGCAACCAGGUGACCACCAACACUUUUUACUACACCUUCUCGGCAUCGCACACAGUGACCGAGGUGCUACCACGCUCCUAUCACGAGACCAUGUGGUACAUCCAAGGACGUCGCAAAUUCAAAUAUAGUAUGGGCAUUGAGCCACAUUACGAAUGAAUUUGGAUAACGCAAUAUGUGGUGCAAUACUAAGGAGGCAAUACUAAAGUGGCGAUACCUAAUAUAUUUUCUUCAGA